AGCUCUGUCAUAAGUGGGCCACAUCGAGGUUUUCACUGCAGUUGGCUCGAAAUAACGUGUCCAGAAAUUAUUGUAGUCAAGCAGUGAGAUGGGGCCUGCUCAUGUCCCAACAGUUCUGAUACUUGCGACAAGUUGGCCACCAUCACCCUUAUUCAAAUUAGUGCAUUCGCUUCGUAUGUCCUAUGUCCUGGCGCUUCAGUGAACCUUAUGUGAGUAUGCAGGGUACAACUUGUUUUAAGAUAAUGUGAUGGCCUCUUUUCUCGUGGCAAUAACUAGGGCAGCGUGUCUCCAUCGUAUGACAGAAGGAACAUGGCUAAAUCCGGACACCAACAACCGUCUGCCACACUUAGAUUUCAUCUUCUCUACUCAUCUUCUAUACUAUGGUUAGCCCCAUCUAGCACUCUCUCAUCACGGUUGUAUAGUCCAGAUCCUUGGUGCGCACGGCUUCACUAUAUUGUUCCUCUUCAAUUGGCAACUGACUGCAGGUCAUCUGCAUGCGGUGCAUUUACUAAUACUUCAGCCAAGCAGCGCAUGGCUUUGGCUUAUGAAUUUGUUCUAACUGCUCCUGUUGCACUAAGGCGCUUGAUAACCGCCUCAAGACCACCCACUUUCAGGUUAUACCCCCGUAGCCGGCUACCCCCUACAAGAAGAGUGUCUCCUGGCUGUUUACUGAUGUGUUUAUGCAGGUUUGGAUGUAUUAUGUAUGAGACAGAAUAUGGAGAGGUUUGAAUUGAUAUCCUAUUUGAUUUAGGGAUCUUUUCUUUCUUUCGCGAAAAUAAAAUGAGGGCGUUGGUCUUUCA